CGGACUGGGUCACAUGCUUCCGCUCCUUCCGUUUGGAGUUACCAUAGCAACGGGCCCCAAGGCACAAGGUUAGCCAGACGACAGCAGGUAAAGUUUAUGUGAAUCCCUUUAACUUUAAAAAGCACGAGUUUUGAUAAAAUGUAGCCUUUAUUCUAUGAUUUCUCAGACGGAAGCCCAGCUUGGUCUGAACAUUCAAAACUCUAGCUAAAAGAUGAUUUGGCCUCAAAUUUGAACUGAUCGAAAACGUUAGUUGGUCGUAAGUUAGCAGGUUUGUCAAAGCAAGUAUUUGCAGUUACAAAACAAUAUUGACGGUUCAACAUUGUUUUUGUCAUUAUAAAUCACAAAAAUGAUCUUUUUUUCAGGAAUGAGUGCACAUUCAUUUCUCUAUAACCAAAGCCAGACCAAAGAAAAGGUUCCUGUGGAGCACCUGGAUUAUGUUUACAUCAAGAAGUGCAAAGAUGUGAAAUACCUGGAGAGGAUCCUCAAAGUCCUGAGGUAGGCAUCUUAAUCUCAAGCUUUAGAGUUAAAAGGUAAAAUUAUGGCUGUUUCUCCAGAGAGUAAAGUUUCUCUUUGUAUAAAGGUCUGGAAAGGAGGGCAUUUUUCCUGACCUAAUCACGUUCUGUGAGAGUCACCUGGAGAAACUGGACCCUGGGAGUCGGGCUCUCAGAAAGGAGAACCCUGUGGCUACGCCAGCCAGCCUCUCCAAGGAUGAGUGGGGCCAAAUUGUUGCUGACCUAAAGGUACCUUUUUAUGAAGUUUAAUAAUGAAUCAUAUUUUUUCUUAAUUAAAACCACGUAUCAACAUUGUCCCUCUUCUACAGAUUUGGCAAGAAGAAACAAGAAAAACUGAGCGUCCACUAAAACAGCAGCCAAUUUUUGAUAGUUUGGUGAAAGAGGAUCCAUCACCAAUAAGAGGUUCCAACUGCUCCGUUCCAUUUAGUCAGGUAAAAAAUCAUCUGUGACAAACAUAUAUAUAUGUGUAUAAGAGGAAAAAUGCUGUAAUAAGGUCUUUUGUUAUUACAGGCAGCAGGUCCAAAGGAAAAGAGGAAUUGUGCAAGGCACCCUCUCCCACGUGAUUACCAAUACUGGGAUAAGUGAGCAAUUUUGUCUUUAAAUUCUGAGGAUUUCAGACUGGUGCUUUGAUAUAUAAAAAAACGUGAUUAAUUAUUGAGUGAUUUCUUAUACUCAGAAACAUGUCACUCGAUUUCCAGAUAUGAUGUGGAAAAAGAAUGCCAAAGAAUAGAUGAAAAUGUGGUCAAAACUGAUCCAGCUGCUAUGAUAAACAGCCAGCACCCCAAGAUCAGGACUGCCGUGGAUGUUCCAUGUAAGGAUUUAUAAAUAGUUAAUGGUGUUAUUUUGAGUUGAUCUUAGUACAUUUUUGUUGUGUGAGCUGGUACCUUACAAAGCUGGUCUGUGAAAUCCAUCCAGUAAUAUCUCAGCAAGAGAAGCUCCUGCUGGCAGAUCAUGAAAAGGACAAGGGCAAUGAAGCCUUCAGAGCAAAUGAUUACGAGGAGGCAGUUGUAUACUAUUCCAGGUCUGACUUUUAAAACAACUCCUUUAUUAUAAUUAUAUAGCAUGCAUUUAAGUAUACUGCUCUCAGAAGUCUGGUUUCAUUCCCAUUUACAGCACUUACAAAUAAAAGCCUAUUUAUUUUUGGUCAUCCAUUACAGGAGCCUUUCCAUCGUACCGACUGUGGCUGCACUCAACAACAGAGCCCAGGCAGAGAUUUAUCUGAAGCACUGGCAGAAUGCCAUGAGAGACUGCCAGGAGGUACUCAAGCUGGAACCAGGCAAUGUGAAAGGUGCUUUGAUGCAGUACAAUUUCACUGGAGUUAUUAUAAUAUAAUUACAUGCAUUAUAAUAUAAUGCAUGUUAUUAUUAGAUAUUAACAAUAUUUUACUCUUAUUGUAACUGAAAACUAUGACCCAGCCAGAGUGCAGUUACUUAAGUGUGUGUGAUGGGUUUUUUUUGUUUGUUUGUUUGUUUGUUUUUUUCAAUCAUCAGCCCUUCUACGACGUGCCACUGUUUAUUAUCACAUGGAUAAAUUCCAGUUGGCUGCUGAAGACCUUAGGCUGGUGCUCAGGGAAGAGCCACAAAAUGCUGCAGCCACGGUAGGUAUUGAAUAUAAUGAUACAUAUUGAUCCCAUGCAAGUUGAUUUAUUUGUCCACAGGGCACUCUAGAACACGUUUCGAGUGCAAGGUUUUCAUUACACUAAAAUUGGUCUUUUAUUACUGCAUAUAGAGAGUAUGAGUUAGUAGUACAUAUGAGCAGGUACCUUGGAAUUGAAACAGGAUGGCAUGUCUUACAAUGGCUGACAAAUUGUAUCUGUUGUGUGAACGAUCUGUUUUAGAAACUCCUCUGUACAACUGAGAAGAAGCUGGAGGAAUGUGGAGCAGAGCAGCACAGUAAAGGCAAAAAAAUCCUUAUCCAAGAAGUAGAAGAGGAUGACAACAGUAGACCCACUGAGACAGAAGCUCAGCAGAAUGGUGAGACUGAUUCAACACCUACACAGUCAACAUUUAUAUCAUACCACAAAGAAGCUAGUGAUGAUAUACGGUUCCCUAAAUCCAUCCAGAGACCAAAUUUGUGGUCAGUUAAGAUAACACUCUUCGCUAUGUUUCAACAUUUUACACACACUUUAAAGCCUUUUUUUCAGACAUCAAAUUUAAAGGGAGCAUCAGUGAUUGUGGAAAUAAAGGGACAGUCAUUUCUGUCAUAGACCCUUGUUGUCUUUCUGCCCUUGGUUUAGUCAGUGGAAACCCCAGCUUGUCCAUCUGUGUAACGUGACAAACUGUCAGUGUUGGUGUUAUCCACCCUGCCCCCACCCUGUGCUUUCGUAAUUCACGUUGGAGAGUCACUGCUUCCUGGAACUCCCUCUUUGAAGUGCUCUGUGUCGUGUGUGUCCAACCCUCCCCCACUAUGAUGUAACCACAGACAACUUCCUGUGGGUGUGUCUCCUCCCCUUCUCUGUCUCUCCUUCUGUAUCUCCCUCCCUCCCUCUCCUUUUUAGCUUAUCCCGUUGAACCCAGCCAGCCUGUGGGAGGGGAGGAGAGCUCAGCUGCUCCUGAAAGGGGAGACAUGGGUAACGCUCAAAAAAAGCCCCACGGCAGAGGAGACGGGGGUCCACACAGUGAGUUCAACAACUCCCACCAUGGCCACUGGAGAAACAGAGGAGGCAGCUCUGAUAAGUAUAAAGUCUCGCAGGAGUCCAAGGAAAAAGUAGCUAAUGGAACAAGCAAAAGAGGUUCGACCGCCUCAGUCAAGGCAGAUCAGAGCAGUGGCGGUAAGGCUACUCAGGCUGGAGGAAAUGUUGGAGAAACUGUCAACCUUGACGCCCCAUGUGGAGCCUUACCCCCACACCUGUCCAGGCUAAAGAAUGAAGGCAACCUGCUCUUUAAAAAUGGACAGUUUGCAGACGCACUGGAGAAAUACUCACAAGCCAUCCAAGGCUACUCAGAAUCAGGUGAGUCAGUCUGUUAAUGCUUCUCCUGUCAUUACAGCACGGUAGUUCAUUCACAAGCUGAUUCCUUUUUCACAUUUUGGAGACAUGAUUUUGGUAAGGUACUUUUUAGUUUUGUACCCGGGGUCAUAUAUGUGUACUUCUAUUUUAACAGGCUGUGAUCAGAGCAAUUCAUGUUUGAAUUUAUAUUUCUAUUUGUUGAUAACUUAUCAGUGUCCUUGGAACUGUUUACCAUGACUCAUACUCCCAAUUGUAAAUCAAACGUUGCGGCUUUGCAGUUAUGAUGUUGUUGCUUCCAUUUAUUUUUGUUGCAUUUGUAGGUUCAAGGAGCGAUCACAGAUUAAAUAUGACUAAUGAUAGUUUUCAUGAUAGAGACUACACCAAAACAACAGAGGUGAUCUGUCUAAGCAGCACUUAAUGUUGGUUUACACACAUACAGACAGUCAUUAAUGCAUCCACUCUUUAAAAAAUACAAGAGUUUUAAAUAUGUAGGAAUACUAAUGUUGAAUUUGUUAUGUGAGUAUUUAGUGUAUUAAUGCAUUAGAAUGUGGCAGAUGUGAUGUACACAAACAGUGUUUCCGUUUUAGCUUUAGCCUGACUCUAAGCCUCAGAGCUCAGGUCUGUCCAGGUCACAUGACUUCUGACCACUCACUGUGAAAUUGAAUCUGAAGGGCUGUAGCUAUAACUCUCAUUGAGAGGGAGAACGUGAACAUGUGAACGAUUGAUGGAGGUGAAGAAAGUGCUGCUUGUGGGGCUCAGGCACCAUCAAACAUAUGUCUGUCUUGAAUAAAUGAACUGUAGUUUAAUAAACGUAUUUAUACUGUGUUACAAGAUUUAAAACAACUGUUAUCAACCUCACCAAAGCUCUGUCUGCUGUAGGAGAGGUCUCAUCCAUGCAGACUGCUGCUCAUGGAGAAACAAGGGCACUUUUUGUCAAGACUGUGUGGGAACAAAGCUGACACAAACCAUGAAUAAUAUGAAAGAGUUGAUGUCAUUUUAAUAAUGGAUCUUAAAACUCUGAUUCAUCAAAAAGAUUGCAGACAUGUUGAACUUGGAGUAGAUUCUGUUUAGCAGACAGCUUUUAACCUCUGUUACUGUGCUACUGUGAAACCUGCAGAAAGAGUAAGACUUGAGGAGACUCAUGAAGGAAAUUCCAGCUAAAAUAGGUCCCUCUGUCUUGUGCAGGAUCAGCACAGUGUUAACAGUGGUGAUGGUGAAACUAAAAAUACCUGUCUGGCAAGUAGAGAAAAGAAGCAAAUACACUUUGUGUAUUCUCAUUGACUGAGCUGUUUGCUCUAAAAAAUUAGCUCUAAUAAUCUUUUUCUGCAGGCGUCAUCCUCUUAGUUUGAUUAAACCGUUGAAAAUUAGAAGACAUUAUAUAAAAGUGGUAUUCCUAUAAAUCAAACAAAGCAGUAAUGGGGGAAAAGGUCAACCUGCUGGGAAUUUUUUGUUUUGAAGAAUUUAAGGAGCUUUGGUUUAACACUCAGACUCACCUCUUAAGUUCAGUUCCAGGUCACUGAAACAAGAAAACUGAUAAGGUCAUAAACCUGUGGCGUGUAUAAGUUAAACUUUCCUUUUAUUGUUUUGUUUCAUUUAUUAUUAAUUCAGAGGUUCCAGACAGGAGAAAGGUUAGGUUGGUGUCUCGCCAUUCACUUAUUUUCAAAGUUAAACAACAAGGAGUUCUUCAUUUAGUCUUAAGAGGACACAAUCAUUGCAGCAUACACUUGUACAGACCCAGAGGUUAAGUGUGAUGAUAAACUGGCAUUAUGAACACAUUUCAUUUCAGCAGAAUCUUUGGACUUUGUAUUUGAUUCAUCUAUAGCCUAAUGGAUCCAUGAAUAGUUGAAUGUAUGUCUCAUGUGUUUCAUUUCCUCAUGCAGGGAUUGACAGCCCAGAAGAUCUGUGUAUUCUGCACUCCAACAGAGCAGCAUGCUACCUGAAAGAUGGCAAUAGUCAAGACUGCAUACAGGACUGCACAAGGUGAGAGACUGAACACACUGUCUGUGCACCUGUCUCUGUAUCUGUGGAAGGAAGAAGGGAGAAGACCUACUGUAUCUGCUUGUGUGGGCUACAUUUUUCCCUUUUGUUGUCAUUUCACAUGAUUCAUACUUACACUAAAUGAGGUUUAUUCAUGGGCAUCCAUGAAUUCAGGGAUGUUACAGUGAGGCUUGUCAGAGCCUGAUAUGUAACAAUGACCCACAAUGUACAACCUGAAAUAUUUUUAAAUGUAACAAGCUGCUAUCUUUUGGGCAAAAAGUGAUUUCGUUUUGGGUUCUGCAUCUUUUUCCAUCAUUGACCAGAUACUACAUUUCAGGUUUUAUUUAUUUAUUAUUUCAUUUUGGGUCAUUGUUACAUAUUGAGCUCUAACAAGCCCCCUCACACAUUAAAUGCACUCAGAGUCAGACACACAGCAGAAUCAGGUAACCCAGGUAUAAGGGCCCGUUCUGUAUGUGAACACAGCAGGUAGUGGCCUAAGACAUCCACCACACACAAGUGGGCGAGAUGAUGUCAUCGUUAAUGUUGAGUAGAGUUUUGGUGUUGUGUGCUCUCACUUUAAAUGUCAGUAUCAUAUUUCACACUUUCUCUCUUGUUAUGUGGAAACACCUAAUUACUUAUACUUUUUAAGAAACAGUCAUCAAGGCAGAAUCCCCAACCACUCAACCAACGACAGUCAGGAGUCACUAGAAGCUGCUAUGACUGUGGUGGCCUCUCACUAAAGCAUCUGCUUGUCUAAAUGCACACUGUCCAGGAGCCCAUACCAGCUGCCAUUGGGCAUGAAGUAGGGUAGACUAGGGACAGGAGGGUCUAUCACAGGUCUGACACAGAGAGACAAAAAAAACAUUCACUCGCACACUCACAGCUACGGGCAGGUAUAAGUUGACCUGACAUGCACGAUUUUUGGACUGUGGCAGAAGAACCCACACACAAACGGAAAACAUACAAAGUCCUCACAGAAAGGCUCCUGUUUGGCCAGGGAUUCAAAUCGUGGAACCUUGUGUGGUUCUCAGCUGUUUAAUCAGUGCUGAGAAAUUAAAGAAAUGCAUAAAGAACUGAGGUAACCGGUACUUGGUGGGCUGCAGAGGACCAAGGCAUUUGUCAGUGGUGGAUCAAGAAUAACUAAUUUUUCUUAUUAUCAUAAUAAUCUUUGUUGAUUUCAAUCACUGAGCAGUUAAAUAAGUAAUCUUUUGUAAUGUUCCUUUAACAGCGCUACAUCUAAUCAUUUAGAAAAACACAUAAGCAAAACUUAUUUAACAUGCAGCCAGCCUGUGAUGAUAAUCCACAAGGCUAUAUGCUGGUAAAAUAAUCUAAUUUGAAAAGCUGUUCUGGGAAAGUUUACAGCCGGAAUGUUUUGAAGUUCACGGAGGAUAUCAGUUCAUGUGUGAAAGAGACUGCAGUCAGCAGCCCUGAGCAGGUAGCAGGUCUACAACCUCUGCACCUCCUGCUCAGAAGGUGAACUGAAACCCGGUUUAGAGAACACUCCUCUCUGACUCACCUGUGCUUUAAACAAACUGGCCGCUACCAUCAGGUAACCAAGUCAAGUCCACACAGGCUAAGCUUGUUUCAGCAGUGUUUGGUGUGGAGCUUAACUUCACCCUGAGGCUGGUAACCUUAGAGAUACUUUCAUCUUUUUGUCAAGAGCUCUCCUUUAGCAGCAGCAGCAGAUCAGUACCAUAGGUGUACAGACAUGUUUUAUAUGAAGUUUUUCUUCUUUAUCUCUUUAAAGUUGGUUUAAUAAUGAACAACCUGGAGACAGAAUCUGAAAACAUCCCAUUUAAAAGCCGUUAUAUCUUUGUGGACUUUGGAUUUAACUUCUACAGCAAACAGUAGGACAAGGUUGUUGACACAUACCAACAACAGUCUGCAUAUGUACACACACACACUGUCUUAUUUUCAUAAACACGACAGACAGGAAGCAUCUGCUAUGAAAUCUUUCCCAUACAUGUUGAUGCCAGAAUGAUUCAGUGCACUGUGAGAACACCUCCAACAGAGAAAGCAGGAAGCAGACUUGAUCCUCUGCUUCUGUCUCAUCACUUCUAUUUAUACAACCCAGAGCCCUGGAGCUGCAGCCAUUCUCCCUCAAGCCCCUCCUGCGCCGGGCCAUGGCUUAUGAGUCCCUGGAACGCUACCGUACGGCCUACGUGGAUUACAAGACUGUCCUGCAGAUAGACAUCAGCGUGCAAGCAGCACAUGACAGUGUCAACAGGUAUUUCUUCAAACUAACUUUGGAUAGGAGUCCACAAUGAUCCACAGAAUUUCCUGAAUGACCUGGUUAGCAUCAUUAGGCCUUUCAGGGGUGGAAGUGCUAAUAAGGGAUGUAGGAGUGCAGUAUCUAAAACACACAAUGUCAUUUGUUUGCCAGAUGAGCAGAUAGAAAGAGGAAAUCAAGUCCACCACUCCACCAUUCUUGUACAAUAUUAGGAUAGUUUCUGAACUUUUUCAAUCCCUGUCAACAGUUUUAUCCAUGACUUCAGUUCACAGCUUACAUUGUAGCAUGAUAACAACAAGCCAUGUGUAAUGAGACACCAAGUCUAAUUAGUGGCUCAGAGAUUUAGCUGGUGUUUAGAAGCAGCUCCCGAUGAAGGCUAAUAAUGGACUGGAGAGUGCAUGUCCUCUUGUGCUGUUACGUAACAAGAAGGAACUCGCCUGGUUGGCCGGGUUCAGGAGGAUCAGAACAUUCAGACCUACACUUUGUGGACAUAUGAACUGUGGAUGCAUAAAAGCACGAUUGAGUAUUUUCAGAGGGUGGUGGUGGUGGUGGUGGGGGGGGUUACAGUGAGUAACAUCUUAACUUGUUCUACAUGCAACACCCUUGUAUGGACUGUGUUGUUCCUUUUCCAGGAUCACUCGGCUUCUGAUUGAACAGGAUGGUACAGAAUGGAGAGAAAAACUCCCUGAUAUCCCUCUGGUGCCUCUGUCAGCUCAGCAGCAUCGCAGGGAGGAGCCUCCCAGUGCAGAGGUCCUCCAGGCUCGGGCAGAGAAGGCAGCCAGGGAUGCAGGUCUGUUUCAGAAGAGUCCAGAUCAAAUCUUUGAUUUCUGCUUCACUCUUUUGCUUCAAAUGAUGGUGUUAAAAGAGCUUGACUACUUACAUAUUAACACUCUUAUGAGGCAGUCCUCACAUUGAUCCUUAACUUGAACCUUUGGAUCAGAAAUUUAAAGUUAGACUUUCAGCAGAAGAAGACCUGUGCUCCCAGAAACCUGUGAUAAUACCUGAGUCAGAAAAUAUCACUGUGAAAGGCUUCAUGGCCCAGAAUGCAGAUUUUAUGAUGACAGGUUUUUGACAUCUUCACUUUGGUCUGUCCAAUUUCAUGAGCUGUGAUGGCAGUUAAUAAACCAAGAUCAUUCAAAAAGACAAAAGAUUUAGCUUUAAUAGUUAACCUCACUGCAGCAGCAACAUGUUCAACUCUGGACAGGUGAUUGGGUGGUUGCCUAGCAACAGCAUUAAAAGCUGUGAGUGUCUUUCUUUUUAAAGGGGACACCUCCAUAGAGGAGGGUUAAACUUUUAAAACAUAUACUGUAUGUCUGUCGUUAAGUAAAAAGGUUUUUCAAGGUUCCUUCUCUGUUUGAACUCCAGUCAGUUGUAAGAAAUGUCAUUUUGCAUACAAACCACAUGACCUCAUUCUCCUAUCAGGAAAAAGUCGAAAACUUAGUGUUGGUCCAACAAGUAUAAACUGCUAAAGAAUACGAUCCAGCAUGGUGAUCAGUCAGACACAUGGAUGUCUAUUUACCAUAAAACUAAACUGAUCAACUGAAAAUAAACUUUGGUCUAAGUGUUGUACCUUUACCAAUGUUCUUAUAGCAGAACUCUUUCUGGUUCUGAUUGUAUUUCCACUUUUACUCAAAAUAAGAAUCAAAGUUCCUCCUUCACUGCUGUUAGGCCCAGACACACAGAGACAGUACAGUUAUGAAGCUAAAUAGACACCAGAGAGGAAGGGAAAGUGAAAAUCAGUUCAUACUUAACAUAAUAACAUGAUGAUACUGAGGACUUUGGCUUUAGGCCUUUUUCUUUUUCAUUCUUUGUGACCUUUUUUUUUCAAACGGACUCUGAGGUUUGAUGUGUUGAAAAAGUAGUCCCGCUUCUUGAAACAUUGCUGAUCUUCUUCAGAGACUGUGUUGUUUUACUUGUCUGCUGACCUUUUCUUUCACAUUUGACCACAAAAACAAAUCCGUUUGUCCAGCUGGACACUUUUACUACAGAAUAAAACAUGCCACCUUCAAACCAGCCUGGUCUACCAGUGUUAUAUCAAUGCAGUACAGAUAAAAAUGGGCUAAGAUACAGGUUAUCAGUGUAGUACAAGUGCUUGAUGUAUUAUGAAGGAGUGCACCAGUGUCUUACAGCAGGGUAAACAUCAGCUGAUACCCACUUUUCAUUGAUGCGUCAUUUACUGAUCAAAUCAGCCUGUUUAUGGUUGUCAGACAUGUCACUCUCAAACAGGAGGAAGAUGUCAGCCCGUCACCUCUGUUCGCUGACGGUGCACUUUUAUUCUCCGCUGCAGUUAUUUUUAAACUUUGGUGAAAGAAUAGAGCUGCUGACACAGAUUUUUGUCCCCAGAGACACUUAGCAGCAGAUUGAUUAGCCCAAAAUUCACUCCAUGACUGAUUGCUGACUUUACUCUCCUACCUCUCAUCAAGUUAGUGCAGCAUUGAUUUCAGAGGGUCUAAAAGCUCCUAAGUUAAAAAAGAGUGGUUGAUUUUCUUGUUGAAGGUUUGCUUCUUCAACAGAGCAGAGGGUCAAAUGCCUCUUUAUUUCAGUGUCUGCUUUACAUGAUGACCACUUCAUUGUCUUUACAGAAAGGAAAGCAGAGAUCCGGUUUUCAGCUCUGAAGCAAGAAGGGAAUGAAUUUGUGAAGAAGGGCCAGUACCAGGAUGCACUGGGAAAGUACACUGAAUGCCUUAAGUUAAAGCCAGAAGAGUGUGCGAUCUACACUAACAGGUCAGAGUUUCACAAAGACAAACACUGCUGAGGUCUCUGAACUUCAAUACUUCACAUGUAAAACCUGUUUUGUUAUUGAGAUGAAUUGAAACAGGCGAAUCAAUAAUCCUCUAAUAUGGUCUGUGAGGUGGUGUCACAGCUUCUCUCAGUCACCAUCGUUCUGUUUCAUUUUAAAAAGAAAUACAGCCAAUGCAAUCCAUGAUGGAGGCAGGUGUUCACUUCAUCAUUGCCGAAAUGAAAAGCAUUCUGUUGUUUGCCGUGUUUGCAUGUGGAUGUGAAGCUCUGCUGCGGAAAUGAGCCACACCGGAGCAAACAAACACUUGCCACACAGCUGUUGAAACUAGCUUGUCUAAAAGACUGACAACACCUUUACCAAGAAAACAAGCCUACAGUGCUAGAGCUGGAGUAAUAAAAUAGAGGAACUCAGCAACAGUACACGUUUAGUCUGACUCACAGCCAAUGAGUCAGAAACUCAUGAUACCUUUGUGUUACGCAUCAAAUAAAAUUAGCAGCUGGUGAUUCAACAGAAAAUGAGGAUCUACUUGCUUGUGUGUAUUUGCAGAGCCCUGUGCUACUUGAAGCUGGAGAGGUUUACAGAGGCCAAACAGGACUGUGAUGCAGCACUGAAAAUGGAGCCAACCAAUAAAAAAGCCUUCUAUAGACGAGCCCUGGCCAACAAAGGCCUCAAGGUGAGGAGGGCUGGCCUUUCAAGACUGAUGUGUGCUCAAUAAAGAGGAGGGCCAAGGACAGUGGUCAAAAUAACGCACCAACAUGUGCGUUACCCUCCCCAUCCUUUUAAAUAUCUAAAACUGCCACUUAAAGCAGUGUCUGUCUGCCCCUCCACUAGGACUACUUGGCAUGCAGUUCUGACCUGCAGGAAGUACUACAGCAAGAUCCCAACGUACAGGAGGCUGAAAGGGAGCUGGAGGAGGUCACAGUGCUGCUCCGACAGAGUCUGGCUAAUGCCAACACCUCACCGGCCAAACCCAGGAGAACUGUCCCCAUCACAGAGGUCAGUACUCCAUUUAUUCAACUGGAAAGAGUGGUUUCACUGGUGAGGGACAAAUGUUGAUGAAUGUCAGCAUGUGCAAGUGUUUGUGAAGAAGGUGGUAUAGUCAUGAGCAGUGACGACAAAGUCCGGGAUCCGCCUGCCUGUAAAGGUGUCACUACUGUUUGAAUAGAAACUGCUGACUCCAAAAAACCUUCAUACCAAUAAGUACUGUUUAGAAUAGUUAUAGUUGGAAGUGAAGCGCUCUUUUAUAACCUCUGCUUAACUUCUGAAGGUUGGGGAUGAGGACACGACAGAUGUACCCAAAUCAGAGAACAGCUGCAGAGGAGAUGAUAUCCCCACUAACCUCCAGCCAACCGAUGCCUAUGAGUUUGGGCAGGCUCUGAAUGCAGCUCGCUGCAGUGGAAACACAGCAAGCUGUGCUGAACUGCUGGCCUCCACAACCCCUGAAAUGCUUCCCUCUUUCCUGAGCAACCAGCUGGACGGACACACCAUUGGCUUCAUCAUGCAGGCAAUGGAUGCUCAUCUCCUGGAGAAGAAUCCAAGCCUGGUCUACCAACAUCUCAACCAUUUGCAUACUGCAGACAGGUUCUCGGUAAGAUGGACUCAUGUUGUAGAGCUGCAAGCUGUAAUUUGACCAAAGUAAAAUAAUUGUCAGUGUGUGUGUGUAAAGCAGUGUGUAGAGCUUAUGUAUGAUGUAGUCAUUUGUUGAUCUGAUCAUUAUUUAGCAUAUUUUAUUUUUGUAAACCAACACUCACUGUGUCCCCAGCAGCCCCAGAUCUAAAUGCUGCGCUGUUUUGCAGGUGGUAUUGAUGCUGCUUGAUAAGGACGAGCGUCGACACAUGACUCAGCUGUUUGAGCAUCUGGCAGCUGUGGAGAGCUCGGAGUUCACCAAGAAUGAUGUUCAGAAUCUGGCCAACAAAUACAUCUGACCCUGUUUCCCCUGCUCCCUGCUGCAUGAGCUGCUGCACCUCUAAAACUUUUGGAUCUAUGCAAAACACUGCUCACUAACUAACUGAGUACUCACAGGCAGGAACCUGCAGAAUAUGCCCCAGAGCAAUACAAAGGACUGAGUCUCAUGUAGAAAGCUGCUGUUUCUGUUCAGUGUAUGUAAAAGGAUGAUAUUUUUCUCUCUGGAACAUUUUGCUAUGCAGAUCCUCUUUUGUACUGUCACUUUUUAUUUGCAGUAAGCAGAAAGCUAUCAGCACAAUACUGAGGACCUUUAACUUGACUGUAUUGAUAAACAGGGUCCAAUGUACCGUGUUAUGUAAGACUGCAGGAGAGUUUUCUCAGGACAGGCCCAUGCUUCAGAUCAGAGCUCAGCUGUUCUUUUCAUUUCAGUUCUAUAAUAUAUUAGCCUCUGUCAGACACCAGCAAAGAUCAGAGAUGAUACUGAGUGCAUGCUGAAUGGGACCUGUUAAAGGUCAAUGCUGCGGAGCUGUCUGCAGCUGCUGGAGGAGAAAAAAAAGCAGGUACUAAGACACAGUCCUGCUGCGUCUCACUGCUGCCCUGUAUGGUUUGAGUGUCUUUGGUCAUAUCUUCUGACAGUGUUGUAGAGGGAAAUAGAGUUUGUGACCUCCCAUGACUCAGAUACUCUAGCUUUUUUUUUUCUUUUUUACCUGAGCUUGUAGUAGAUCUGAGAUUUAAAACCGAUCUCUUAUCACAGGCGUGUGUGUCAAAAAGACCUUUCAGCCAUCACACAGCUACAUUUUAUUCUUUGCUGCAGACAGUUCAGGAGUGUAAACACUAGAAAGAGGCGACAUCUUGAUGAGAUGUGCGCACUUGGUUUCACAAUAUGGCUCGAUUAACAUAGUGGCAAGCAAAUUCUCCUCUAGAUACACUAUGCUGUCAUUCAUCUGCUCCAUUAAAUCGCUACAUGGCUUGCAUUUUUGAAUCAUAUAUCAUAUCUUAGCUGUAUGCAAACAUUGUUUUUUUGCUUGUUAUAAUUCACUGUCCAUGUUAAAUAUCAACCAUUAAAUAUAACAGUUCUUCAAACUGAAGUUUGCCUGAGUCAAACCACAAAGUGUUAUCGUUCUUCACACAUGUAACCACAACUUACUCAUGAGUUCUGCAAAGUGGUUUUAUCAGGACAGCUGGAUUAAACUGAACCAUCACAGAGAGCUGUGGCAGUCCAUGUAAGAAGUGAGCGUCUCUGUUAUAAAUGGUUUAAAAAAAGUGGAGUACCUUCAAUUAAGAUCAUCCUGAAGAAAAGAGAGGACAUAUCAUGUUUUUGUUUGAAUUUUAAUUUUUUGAUAUGCAUUUACACGCAUAUAAUAAAGCAAAUUACCAAACACAUGUACAAAUACCUUAUGCCAUUCUGCACAAAUCAUAUCUGGCACUAGUGUUGAAAUCAGGAUCAAAAAACUGGAGUUUUGGUGAUAAACAAGAGAACUUAGGAGGAAGAAGAAAAAAAUACACGUUUGCCCUAAUGAGUGGGAGGACUGCAGCAUGUCGCCUCAUCUGCUGAAACAACAAACUAAGUGUUCAUUCAGAAACAGACCUGGGUCAAAAUACUAUUCAAGAUGCUUUUACCAACCUGGGAGAGAGGUUCACCUGAGCUGACUCAGUGGCAUCAAAAAAGCUAACCACCGAGCAGUGAAGAGAAGCUUUAGCCAACACAUCAAGUGUUGGAAGCAGAAAUGGACUUGUAAGUCGGCUCUGCAGCACCAGUCGGCAAAACAAAAAGGAUCACGAGACGGAUCAGGAGGGAAGGUAAGCCAUUAAAAAAAACCUGUGUGCUCAGAACCAAGCUUACUGAACUUGGAGGUUAUAAGAAACACAGGUCUCAGUGCAUGAGUCUCACCUUACUCUGGAACUGCAGGUACUCGCGUGGCAUUAGGGGAAGCAUGUGCAUAAACAAAGUCUACAUGUUCCUCUGCGUUCUUGGCGGCAUUCAUCCCCGUGGUGUGAAAAGGAUAUAACAUACUGGGUGAACAGAUGACAAGUCAAAGAUAUAAGAUUUAACAAGAGCCUGAGUGCUGUCUUUGGUAGGCCAUUGAAAAGUCUUCAUUUACCACGUCUACCACAGUAUGAACUGCAUCCUGCAUCCUUCGCUCACAGACAGACAGACAGUUUAUAACCUCUGUUUUCUAAGUGUGGAGUCUUGGGGACACAGCAGGGAUAGAGACAAACAGAAAACAGCUUCUUAAAGGCACCAUGAGUGAACAAAGAUAUCAAAGCUCUCUCUCUCUUUCUCUGGGAGGCAAGCCCAUCAGUCUGAAGAAAUCCCCUUUAAGCAGAACAAAAUUACUUUGAGAACAUUUGUCAGAGCUGAUCAACCCAUUGAUUAAUGCUACCUUAAUCACUUUCAGCAUUAUCGCUAAAACCCUCCUCAGAGCUAGGCUCUUCAUAGAGUCAUCUUAAAAGCUGCAGGCCUAACUACCAAGCAGCUACAAGGCUGUGAAGCACUGUCUCCUAGAUGCACAUCCAUCUAAAAUGAGUCCCAGCUGUUAAAAGUUGGAUCUAGUGGUAAAUGAUGAUGGAUGAUUUUGGGCUCUGAAGGGGUGUUUCAGAUCUCCUCAGGUGGGCUUGUAUGAGGUAACAUAGCUUUGGACUUCGGUCAGCAGGGCCAUGGCUGGAUAAACCAGACAGAGGAAGCUCAGCUGAAGUUAAGCUGUGAGCAGCUGUAGACUGAGUUGGGUUAAAAUACAGUGAAGCCACUUGUAUCAAGGCUCACCUGUUGGACAGCCCCUUCUUUUGGCACUAUGCUUUUAAACUAUACAACAGUUUGAUACUUCCAUGCAUGCAGUGAACUGUCCACCAGGCUGAGUACAGAGUACGCUUCAACAGAGUAAUAACAUUAUGACAAACACAAGCCUCACAGGAUGCUUUUCUGAACCCUGAACACACAGAUGACAGACGUCUGCUGAAGGAGACCACCAAGAGUGGGAGAAAGCACACUUCUGUUGGUGCUGAGUGAUAAAGCCUUAUUUAGCUGGUAGUUGAAUGCAGCAGACUUCCUCAGUAUGUUUCUAGCCGGCUAAUAUCACGGAGGGCUGCAAGGCUAUUCAUCAUUGCGCUUGUUAUAGCUAGCCACAGCUAACAUCAACGGAACUCUUUGCUCUAACAGGUGAAAAAAAAAAAUACCCACAAGAAUGUAGUAUUUUAAAAUGUUCAGAAGAAGUAAUUGGAUGAUUCAUUUAGCUAACAACACUUGGUGGCCCCAACAGCUGCAAUCAUGUGUCAAAGUGGAUUGAAACUGUGUGGUUGUAGGCUGAUAAGAAAUCAGCCCCAAACUUUAAUGGAUAUGUAUUUGGAAGUGGCCUUAAGUAUGUUUUAUUCCAAACUCCGUCUGCAGUGCCAUAACACAGAACCUGUGCUAACACUCAUCAUUCAUGAGUCAAAAGGUACCUGAUACAAGCACACCCUUGAAAGUCUGAGCCAUCCCUGCAAGCACAGGAUUUUACAUGAGGGGGGGGAUUCACUCAAACAGUUAUUCAGGGAAAAGACCCAAAAGGUCCAAUAAUAAACUCAGAUGAGAGCAGAGAGGCUCCUCUGUUACAAACUUAUCUGUGGGGAAGUAUCAAAAGGACAUAGUGAUUCACAUUGCCUGGUCCCUGUUUGAGUUCACUUCUGUAAGCCGUCACAUCAAAAGUCCUGCCUUAAAUUGCAUUUCUAUUUCGAGCUUGAAUCAAACAUUAGCAUUACUGGCACAGUGGUUUUAUGUUAACCUACACAGAUUAAUGUGACAGCGACCAAAUCAGUGGGCUGUCUCUGUUACAAGUGGUGAGUAAGUGAUCAGUCGCAAAGUGUCAGCAGUCUGUCCAACAAGAACAGCAGCUUUCAAAACGUUGACAUUUCUCAUACGGCUGCACUUCAGGAACCUCAUAAUACUCCACAGCCCUCCCUCUGACAGUCAGUGGGCACAUACUGCUGUACUCGAUAGUUGAUUUUAUAGGCAGAAGUUCCAAAUGAACAGAAAUGCAGAUUAAAGUGUUAUAAGCCUUACUGUGUAGUUUAGUGGAGGAAACAAGAUUAAAUUUAAAAAAACAACAACAACAACAACAAAAAAAAAAAGCAUUUGUGCAGCACUUCAGGUAUUGAGAUUUUAGAUAUCUGUCUGUAUGCAGGGGUUCUUAGGCUGCUGGCUCUGUGCUGGGUGUUGUGGUUGUUGGUGGUUGUUAUUAGUUUCCUUAAGCAGCUCUCUGGUGUUGCUGUGAGAGUCCAGCUCAGCUGGGCACACCAGGUUUACAUUUUCCUCCAAUAUGAAGCAAAGAGGAGAGAGCUCUGCGCCAUGGCCAAGGGACGAUGUGGGGGACUGGGGUGGAAACCCAGCUCCUUGGCUCUGGGGGGAAGAUGAAGAAGCCGGGCAGGUCUCCAGACGAUCAUUCUCCACCUCAGGUAAGGGGCUGACAUUGGCAAAGCGUGUGUGGUAGUCUCCUCCACAGGAGCCAUGGCUACAGGAUGUCUUCAUGCUUUCCAGAUCAGAGCAGCUAAAUUCAGAGAAGUGACUGGAGUGAGAGUCCGCCACAGAUGGCAGGCUGCCGCUCAGGGAGGGAGAGUCGAACUCGGAGGAGUUGGUGCUUUGCUGCUCCAGCAGCUGAGCAUCCAUAUCCUCCCUUGUUUCAUUUAUCUUUGUGCCUCCUCCGCCUUUCUUGCGUAGCUUUCCUUUGCUUUUUUUGCCCCCGGAGCUGGAGGAGGAGGAGCAGGAGGCCUCUUUGGCCCACUUUGUUGAACUUCCUUUGCAUUCUGAGGAGGCUAAACUAUUGGAGGGGUAUGUCCAGCCACAGCGGCCAACAUGGCUGCUGUCGUCCACGCUGCUGCUGCCACUGUGGUGCCGGAGUUUAUCAGGUUUGGAUUCAAUGUCAACCUGGACCUCCAUACUGUUCCCAUCCCUGAUAGAAGAGAAGCAGUUAGAAAUGUGAGACACAAAGAGAUGCUUUCAGAAAAGUAUCACAGAUAUAUAGAUCUCAUAUUACAAGGAGAAUGCUAUAUCUGAAGUCGAUGUCUUAUUCCGACCUGGAGCUCAGCAGACAUGACCUAGAGGAGCUCAAUGCGAGAUCUGUAGAUCAAGAUUGACCAUAAAACAGAUUCAGCCCCUCCAGCUGACAAGCACAAAGCCUGGAUUGUCUGAAUAAGCUCAUGUGGGAACAGAGCAGGUCAUUGUCUGGAGAAUUUACAUCAAAUAAUCCUGCAAGUGACUCUGAUGUUUUUCUCUGGGUUUGGCAGCUUUGAACAGAAAGGGUGAGAUAAAUAAGACCCGGACAGGAAGUAAAGUGAAGGAGUCGAACCAAACCUGGAGGAGGGAUUGUGCUAAUCAGGUAAUGGAAAUCUUACCAGCUAACUUAGAGGUUAAAUUAAAAUUGAACUUGGCAUUUUCAUAUGUGGUUGAGCCUUAACACAAUUGUUUUUCCCCUGACAUUCAUUACAGGUGCAGAAUAUAACAGCGGCCCCUGUAUACAGCCGUCUUUCAUGCAGCUUCUCUCUUUUCUUAGCUGUUGAACAGUCAGCCAUUAUCCACCAAUUUGAAGGUUUGUGCUCUGCAGAUACACUGAGUGAUGUCAAGUUUCCUCCAUGAUGGUUUUGGAAAGCAGAGCUAAAUUUAAAAAGAGUGCAGAGGACGCCCUGAAACUCACUUCCCCUGGAUUAGUUUGGUAUGUGUGAUGAGUAUGAUCAGAUAGCAAGUCAGAUUUGAUAGCUGUUGUCAAGGCUUUUUGGCCAAUCAGAGUCAAGUAUUUAACAGCUAAAUUUAACACAGUGUGAUCAGUAAGAAAGCCGGGCACUGGCUCCAUGUUUUAAUGUUCCAGUGGUUUCCAUGAUAAGGAAUUGAUGGUCUCGACUUCAACAGCAGAAAAGCUUCUGACCCUAAGUUGUCAACGAAUUCCUGAUAAUAAACCUCAUCAGGUAAUUUCCCUUACAUAAUCUUAAGAUAGAAGUCAUAAAGACUGUUGAAACACUGGUGAACAGAAGUACACAGUACUAUUUUUACAGCACUGCUGGGAACUGAGACUCACAUGUAGAUAACAGCAGGUCAUUGGCUGGAUCUUUUUGGUCAGUGUGAUCGAUAUUUCAGAUUUUUGGACAGACAUAAGAUCAAGAAAAGGUCUACUGAGAUCAGCAUUGAAAUAAAAAGGUGAUUCUUCUUACCUGUCCAGUGGCAUAUAGGCAUUAAGAAUGGAUCCAGCCAUUGCUUUGGUGCUAGCGUUGUCACUGAUUGUACCCAGACUGACAGUGCCAGACUCUCCGCUAAGACUGCAGCGCUCCUUCUGCACAUCAGCCUGCACCUCCAGCCUGAUAAUAUGUGAUAGGAGAUAUUUAGACAAUGCAGCAAAGCACACUGACGCUCCAGUCAGCCCUAAAACUCAACUCUUCAUGAAUUCCUAGACUUGUAUGUGUUGCUCUUUUAGUACCUGUUUAAGUAAUUGACCAUGGCACUGCCGGAGAGGCUGCCUGUGAUGCUGGCCCCAGCCAGGGCCAUAGUGGAUGCUGUCUCACUCAGGUUGUCCCUGAUGGCCCCCAGACGGUCUAUGUGGCUGCCACUGGCACUCAGACUACCAGUAAGUCCCCCAACACUACCUUCACCUAUACUGGGGUUGUUCCUGGUGUCAGCCACAGAUGUAGUAUCUUCAAUGAAACAACAACCAUGAGAAAAAAAUCAAAAUAUGAAAAAGGCGUGCUGUGCUUGAGGAAUCCUAAACUGUGGGCUUAGAGGGUGAUUUAAUGAAUCAUUCAUGUUUGAUAUUCCACAUUUUAAAUAUGACUAUUCCUCACAAGAAGCUACACUUUCAGGGACCACGCACAUAAACACACUUUUGGGUUCAAACCAGAAUCAGGCUUAACUAAGAAAGGGACUUGUUAGUAAAUCAGUCUAUAAAAGGAACAUUUUGUUGUUUUUUGACCGAGCCAAUAACACAAAAGAUUACAAAACGUACCUGUGACAGCCGCCCCAUUGCCAACAUUCAUGUCGUUCUCAUCGUCAAACUCUAUGCGGACUCCUUUACCAUUCCCUGCUGAGACGCCACAACCUCCACUACGGCACAGUGAGAUGGGCACAACACCGUAGACAUAAGCCAGCAUGAUGGGGACUCCGAUUCCUGAUUGGACAGUGAGGAUAUGUUAGACUAAGACAUAAAGAAAAAUAACAGCAGAGGUCACUUCAGCUACUUCAGGAAAAACUGUUCAAAUCUCUAACCUCCACAUUUUCUAUCAGCUUAUGAGAAAAUUGAAAAACAUUGAACACAAAACCAUAAAAACUCUACAUGAUGAAGUUGGAUAGGUGAGUUCAGAUGUCUGGGCAUGGAGAGCAUCUGAGCAGAGGCUCAGAGAGAGAGAGAAAGAGAAGGCAGGAGGGUUUGGAGGACAGACUGACCGACAGUGACUGCAGCCACUACUGGAGACACAAUGACAGAGAGAGUCACUCCUCCUGCGAUUACCAGGUUCCUCUUGUGGCUGGAAAUAUCUUUGCCUUCAUAGCGGUUAUGGAUCUGACAGAGAGAAGACAGGGGGUUAGUCACACAGCUACAACCAAAGCAGCUGUGAUCCUGUGUUAUGGUCUUUACAGACAUUCAUAAAUUCCUAGGCAUGUAUUAUGUAGCUUUGCUGUGCAGCACACUCUGACACUGACACUAUCAGAGGGACAUUAGUACAAUGGCUAGGCUUUUAGCUUCUCGGGUUAAGGGUAAGACUCCUGUAUUUCCUUUUUGAAUAAAAUGAACUUUUUUACACAUUUUAUUGAAACUGUUUAAACAGGACAAUUAAUACAUUAUAAACACAAAGAUAAACAGAUGCAAUUGUAACCAAUUUGGAACAGGAAACGACUAAUAAUAACCAUCAUAUUCAUUAAAUAAGUUAUAAAAAUAGACCAACUCAAUGAAUUAAAAGAGAAAGACAAUGAAGACAAAGACCUUAACUAGGAAAAACAGAGAAUAAUUCACUGUAAGAUGAGCUGUGUUCACUUUGAUGUUUGGUAGUGUAACUUGGAGAUGUAGCUUUAGAUUCAAGUUCAUGACAAAGUCUUCAUGUAAGAUUGUUGUAGAGCGCUCUUUUCCUUUAGACAUAGAGAAGCUGUGACAAAACAAAUGUAUAACUGACCCUGGUUCAGCAUGAGUAAUGGUGCACUAUAAACCAUGUAUGUCUGUGUUGAGUGGCGGUGUGGCCUGGUGGUUACAGAGGUAACAGUCCUGGAAAGGGUUGUUUUUUUUUUUCCACUUUAAUUUUUAUUGGAAAUUUUUCCUUUACAAAAGGUGCAACAAAUAAAUUGGUACAAGUAAAUCCACAAAAACAUUGUUCUAUUUUGUAGAUUUCCUCUACCAGUUGAGUUCAUUGGCGCUGUGUAGGGGCGUCUUUCCUUCCCCAUUUCUUUGUGAUAGCUUUUUUAGCUGCUGUUAGUAAUAUUUUUACCACGUAUGUCUUUGGUUCUUAAAUUUUCUUGAAAGGGGUUGGUUUGAUACCAAACUGUGGGCCCUGCCCAUGAGCCCACAGGUUACGUGCUCUCUCCUCUGUCCUAGAGUAGCUUUUGUAUUGGUAGCUGAUUAUUUUGAGGGUAAAAAUUUGACAAAUAGAGGACCUAACUUGUCAUGCAUCACAGGAGCUUUUUGUCCAAUGCCACAGGGAGGGGGUGGUGUUUUUUUUUUUUCCCCAAGUCUACUACUUACCACUAGCUAUGACUAGAUAUUUCCAUUUCUCUACUGUACCUUUGAACACAUUCUCUCUGUGUUUAUGGAAUACUGACGGUUCAUGCUCAGGGGUCUUUUUCCAGUCACACUGACAAAGAACAGUUAGGCUUUGAUUUUGGUCUGUGAGUUCAGAGGGGAAAUUCUGGAGAGUCUUUUCUGUUCAUUUCUAUUUUAUUCAAACUUUAAGUCUUAGUUGAAACAUCUGGACAUGUGAGUGAUGCUACUUAGCUCAAGUGUGUGUUAAAAGACACUAGGAUAAGGAAAAUUCUGCAGCUGUGUGCCUGUUCUGCUGCAUUAACAUUUAAAGCUCCCUAACACUGAUAAGGUGAAUAACUGAGCAGAUAAGAGAUAGGCUUUAUGGAAAACUCUUUAGACUAUUCAGAAUAACACAGAGUUGAGGUCUCUUUCUUUAUGAUAGUCCAUUCAGCUAAACGGGUUUUUCAAUGGACUGCCACGUCAAAUUAGUCAAAACCAUAUGCAGGAAUACUUACAUGUUUUCUAAAUGACUGCAAAUGAAUUUGUUUCUAUGGCCUUACCUUUCUGCCCACAUACACAGGGAUGCCAAUGAUCAUAGCAGGGAUAGCGAUGCCAGCAAUGAGUGCAAUCCCAACAGGGGCACCCACGAGGGUUCCUAACUGCCAAAGGAUCUUCUUCUUCCUGCUCCAUGGCUUCUUCCCCCAAAAAGUACAGCCUGAUGGACUGAACAAAUGCAGCAUAGGAGAGAGAUGGUGUUGGAAAGUUGUAACCUUCCUUCAUACACUCAGUACUGUCACAUGUCCUCACUUUUCUCAUCAACUAACCUCAGGUAGUGCAGGUCUGAGAUCUCCUUCAUGCAGAGCCAACAAAACUCACAGCCACAAACGGCACAUGUCAUGUGGUUACAGCUUCCGUCAUUCAUCUUGAUGAUGUAGGCGGCACAGCGUGGACACGGCUUGAUGUCAUCACCUUAAGGGAAUACAUGUGUGAAAAAUGUGGGAGAGGAGCGGGAGGAUAUGAGUAUUUGACUUUUUUCCUCUUCUAAGAAUCUUUACUGCCCUCUCUGACUUGUGAUUUUUUCUCCUCUGCUGUCGUCAUAAUUGUUAUUUACUCCACCUUGUCCGUCAAGUUAUUAUUACAAUUUGUCCCAAUUACUCGUCCCUAAGAUGCUCUUGCUGAAAAGUUUAAUUCAGUUAAGGCCAAAAAAAACCUUUUUCUUUUUUGAAUUCUUUUUCAUUUCUUCAUCAUUCAUCCAUUUACCAAGGCAACAUCACUUUAAACAUGUGAGGGCUUCAACAGAAAUCCAGGGGCUGAAAACAGACAACACAAAUCUUGGUUCAUUAUAUGUAAUGUGUGUUCAAUCGACCAACCUGCUGCUCCGCUGUCUUGGCUGUAGCUGAGGGAGGAUGAGCGGACCGUCCUCAGACGAAGGCUCUGGGCCCUCUGCUGACGGGCAGCAUCACAGGUCUGGUUGGGAUGCCACAGCUGCUUACAGUGGUAACAGAACUCUGUACCGCAGCCUUCUCUGCCACAUGUGAUCUUCGGACAGCUUGCACAUCCAAAGGCAAUCACUGCAUAUCUGGUAGAAAAGACCAUUACAUUUAUUGGGUAAAAGUUAAGAUUGAUUAGACUAAGAUUAGACUUUUGGGAAUUUCCCCUUCUGGGCGAAUAAAGGAAUAUCUUUGCUCUUAUCUUAAGAAACACUUUGGUUUACAGCCGUAAAGCCCCUAAGGGGACAUGAAGGACAUUUUUUUUUUAAUUUUCUAGAGAUUUUUUAAGUGAUCUCGCAAAAUUAUUGUGAGCUCUCGCAAAACAUUUGCGAGAUCAUGCGAUAGUUGUCCAAGGGUUAUUGGUGAAAAGAUUAUAGGUCAGUGUAUUUCUUCUGUAUCAGGUCAACCAAAAUGAUGGAACGCACGCGCACGAGGAAGAGGUUCGUUGCUAGUGAUGGUGAGAUGAAGCCUCUUGAAGCAUUUAAGUUUUCAUCCAAUUGCUCGACUCCUGGGCCGAAGCUUCAUUAUUGUGCUUCAUUUACUCUACUGUGCCAUCAAAUGGACAAUAAAUGUAAAACAGGCAGAGUGAUUAUCGAAGACAACCCGAGGCUUUGGUGCGCAAAGCUUUGAAUUGAAUAAAUGAAUGGAUGUGAUGCCGUGUGUUUGUGAUACAAUAAAGAAAUGAUGAAGUAUUAUAUCUGGGUUGUCCGUUGAACUUGAUCCGCUCCUCUGAGAUUCAGAAUCCUCUUUGCCUGCUUCCUGAUAGCUGUCAAACAGCUCCAGCGGCUGACAGCUGGGUUUAUCACCCAAAACACAUUCAAGCUCAUUGUAAAGUAGGCAGGUUAUGUGAGCACGGCUGUUUUGAAUCUCCAGUUUCUUUAAACUUUGCUUUAAGACUCUUUACUUUUCAACUGAGGUGAAGUUAGUUUUAGGUUGGAUAUUUGAUGGGCACUUACCAUUGAAGAGCCAUCCAUCCAACCUAGAACUAACUUUACUGGGGUUAUUUUUCGCUGAUACUGUAGCCACGGUCUCCUGUGUCCCCAUUCGGCAAGUUCUUUCAACAUACUUUCUGACACAGAUCGGUUAUGAUAUGAACCCCCAAGCUUUGCUUGCAUGGAAGUGUCACUCCAUAUGCUUAUCAGGUCCAAGACCUCACUGUCCCUCCACUGGCUUACUGCAUCGUUGCCUCAACACAGAAUUGUCGCUCUAAAUAGUGAGGGGAAUGUAUAAAAUGCACAUCAAAUCCUCCUUGGCCAUUUACACUCAGGUCGCAUUGAAAAAAAUCUGAUCUAUAUCUGAUUCAGGACCACAUAUGGAUGUGGGCAGAAUCUGAUUUGAAAAAAUCAGAUUUGGGCCAGAUUGGAGUGUUCACACUGCAAUGAUGUCCAUCCUCCCUCAAUAGCUGUGCAUGUGUAUUUGAAUAACAGAGCACAGCUCAGCAAACCAUCCAUCUCUGACAAAGUGACAACUGUGGGAUUGUGAAAAACAGCCCUUGAGCUGACAGACUCAACACAAUGGGAGUGAAAGCUGACCAUGUUUCAAAUGUAGAAAAGGGAAUCUUCUACAGAAGGGGAAAGCUUUCAAUGGGCAAGCCUCUGUUUGUUAAGACGAAUGAUCAAAUACAGACUCGCCACAGAGAGCCUGGGACACUGCUGGAUCUGUGAACCCCUCAGAGUGCUGAGUCUGGAAUGAUAGCAUUUGGCACAAAUUGGUGCUGCAGUGAUAAAGAUUGACUGACUGGCUGAUCGGUCGAUUGAGUGGCUGAUUAAGGGACUGAAUGUAAACAGUAAGAUAUCACAGAGAGAUGUCAGUCCUAUCUGAAAGAGGAAGUUUGUGUCAGACUGGUAAUUAUCAAGUCGACAGGACCCCAUGUGUUGUUUAUCUUAUUUUGAAGUCUUCCUCUAGGUUUUUAAGUCCUGUGACUCAUCUUAUCCAUGACCAAUGAAAAGAAGCAAUUAAAACGCCAACAUAAACAACUAAGGGUAUGAUUAGUUUGAUCAUAUCAAGAACAAACUAUUUCAAAUGAUUCCAAGCAUGAGUUGCUACUUUUUGUUAACAGAGACAGCAAGCCAACUGUUACGGAUGUCAGUUUGACUCUUUAUACAUGGAGGUGCUGACUUCAUUUACAGUGAGCCCAAACAGAGGGGGGAGCCAGCAAACCAUCACUCAUGAAAGGGGAUUAGACGGCAAAAAUUAGACAGCACAGUGACAGCUAGAGAGACAUGGAAAUAGCUGCUGGACACAGAAAUCAGACAGAGGGGGGAUGGUGACAGACGGCUGGUACAAAGAAGACAUGGAGACGGUGAGACAGGAGGAGUCAGCAGAGGGGUCAGCUUAGGUCCUCUCUGGUACAAUACAAGGUGGAGCUGCAUUACAAUACCUUACAUACAUUGUGGGAUGUUAUGGCCAUGCUCACGCCCAAGCAGCAUUCUAAUAGAGACCAGUUUAUAUUACUGUAAAAAAACCUGAUGGGGUGGGCUGAAAACUUCCCUCUGCUGCUUGGUACAACCACCGUCUUGUGACCUGAUCUUGGGACAGUGAGUGAAGUUGUUUCUCCAUUCUUAACCACAGGGAAAAGGAUCUUGAUAACUUAACUUCUUGAUUCCCCACUACAGCACAAAUGACUAUGGUUAUGAUGAUGUGGUGAUCAUGUAGCCUGGAGUCCACAGACCAGUUCACUUCAGUGAAGACAUUCCCUCAUGGGUGAUUUUAACCUACAACUGGCAAGUGCAGUCAAAAAAAUCUACAAGUGAGGAGAAACAGGGCGAAGCGACUUGAUGAAAAGGUGGUCGCAGUAUUUUAGCAUUUAUAUAUAAUGAUAUCUCAGAAAAUAGCUUGGUGUCUUCUCACAAGUUUCUCUUCUGAGGCUCCAAACUGCUCCUAGAACUAUAAGCAGCUUGUUUUAGAGACUUAGCUUGAUAUCAAGAGAGGGUACUUGAGGUCUUCAUGGUUCACAAGUGUUUUAAUGGGAGGCCAAAUUACUGACAAUGUAAAGACGGGCGGCAGGACUCUGACUCGGGAGGAUAGCCAAGGAACUGGUCUAUCUCUCGUUUUCUUGUUGCUUAAGCAGAUUCUUACCUGGGGAAACAUAUUCCUUUAUGUUACAUGACACAUUCAACUACUCUGUUUCAAACACACAUUUUAGUGAAAAAAAAGUGACCUGAACUUUUGUCUUCAGGGUUUAUAGGCAUGCUCACAUGGGCUCACUUACCCACAGUCUGGUGCAGGACACCAGCGGCAGUCAGGGUCAGCCACGAGCCACCUCCUCAGCAUGAACUCUUCAUAUUUGUCCAUGAGAGUCUGGUCGCCCAGAAUCAUACGAAUGUCGUGAGGGUUGAAGCGCUCAGAGCACUCAGGGCAGCUGAUGUUGACACGGGACUCGGAGAUUUCAAUCCGCAGGUACUGGCGUAGGCAAUCGAUGCAGGAGCGGUGUGGACAGGUCAUGAUGUCAGGGAACUGCUCCCUGGAGUAGCGCAGAAGGCACAGUGGGCACUCUAGGAGCUCUGCGCCUACCCCACUCCCCACCUUGGAAGACGAGGAGGACAUUGAGGAGGAAGGCCCUGAAGCAGAUGAGGUGGAAGCAGCAGCAGUCCCAGCAGAGGAGAACAGAGAGUUUUUGUCGUUACACAUUUCUGAGUGGAUGCUCUCUAUGCUAGCAAUACCAUCCACUCCUCCAAAUCCUCCAGGCCCAGGAUAGUGGAGUUCUCUAGACCUCAGGCAUCCUGAUUUGGGCUCCCGCCCUCGCCGUCUGAAAAUAGAGGCGAGGGAGAGGCGUCUCUUCUUCGGGGCCUUCUUUACAGAAGGUAGAGAGAUGGAGGAAGCAGUUGACUGCAGGUCCCUGUCAGAGCCCAUGACCCCACCACCACUGCCGAAAGGCUGGUGCUUCUGCAGGCUCAUCUCUCCAGAGGGUGGGGAAGGGUGUCCCAGUGGGGAGCCUGCACUGGGUAUCCUGCCCCUGGCAUGUGCAGGAAGGUCUGGGAGAGGAAUGGGACUGGGAGAGGGGGUAAGGUGGUGGAUGGGGGAGGGGGAGGGAGGUCCAGGGUGGGGGGACAGGGCUCCAGAGGGCCCGUCUGUGUUUAAGACAUGGUGGCUUCUCCUGAUCAACCUCGUGGUCACAUCUAAUAGCCGGAUUUUGGCGGAGGGGGUGGGGUCACCUGCCACAAAACUGAUGCAACAGAACCUAAAAAAGUCAAAAGGAGGAAAGGUGGAGAGACAGAGAGUGGAGAAAGAGGACAGAAAAUCAACACUCA